AGUAGGGUUUAAAUGAACAAUAUUUUUUUAUUAACCAUUUUGUCAGCAUCGUAACGAAACGUGGCAUGCCCUUUUCUCUCGGUAAUUUUCAAUAAAAUAAGCAUAUUAGCAGACAAGCAGACAGAGAGAGCAAGACGGUGAUAAUUUGAUUCUUCAAGUCUUUGAUUGAAGGUGAAAGAGAAGAAGAUGGCAGAUGAUUCAGAGUCAUUCUUUAGGAAGCACUGGGAAGGUUACAAGGAGUUUUGGGGUGAGAGAUUUUCCUUUCUAGAGAAUUAUUCAAGGUUCAUCAAGCGCGAUAACCCUCUUCCCUCUUGGUCUGCCUCUGAUGUUGAAGAGUUUAUUGCUUCAGAUCCCGUUCAUGGCCCUACUCUGAAGACUGCUCGGGAAGCAGCAAAGUUUGGCCUUGCAGGAAGUGUUAUUGGAGCAGUAUCAACUGCUGGUGUUGCCUGGAAAUAUUCAAGGAGUUUUCAUGGUGCUGGACUGUCCUUUCUUGCUGGAGGUGUUUUUGGUUGGACCUUUGGACAGGAAAUUGCAAAUCACUGGCUGCAACUCUACAGGUUGGACACCAUGGCUGCACAAGUUAAGUUCAUGGAGUGGUGGGAGAAUAAAUGUGAUAGGCGGGAUUAAGUUUGCAGGCUGUUGAAUGCAGUAUUAUGAAAUCUGUUCACCUUUUCUACAAUAAUAAUCAAAUUUCCCAUGUUAAAAAUGUAAUGGUUUUUUGCUGUACUUUUGUUUGACAUUAGAACAAUAAAAAAUUUUGAUGGGAUUUACAAUCA